AUGGGAGCAAGUAUGACACCAAGCGCAUAUCCACCGUAUAUACCGAACAACACAUAUCAAGAAAUAGUUGACAUACAAAGGAAAGAAGCAGAAUUGUCCGAAACUAUCGCCACCCAGCAGGCAAGGAGCAUGCUGCCAACGCACAAGCCUCCCACGUUUUCCGGCGACGCAAUGGAAUUUCCAUCGUUCUUAACCGCCUUUGAAUCAUUAAUUGAGUCAAAGGUGGAAGACUCUGUUGAAAGACUUUACUUCCUUGGUCAAUACACUACCGGAAGGGCCAAGGAAGUAAUAAGCGGUUGCCUGCAGAGGAAAACCGACCAUGCGUACGAUGAAGCUAAGAAUCUCUUACAGCGACAAUUUGGUGAUCCCUUCAAAAUUGCUAGCGCGCACAUUAACAGUCUGUCAUCCUGGCCGCAGAUCAAGCCGAACGAAGGCCUCGCCCUUCAAGAUUUUGCGCUUGCCCUAGAACAAGCGAAAUCGGCCAUGAAGGGAAUGUCGCACACGGACGAUCUCAACACUGCGCAAGUACUACGCCAAUUGUGGGAAAAGCUACCGCGUCAUCUGCGCAGCAAGUGGGCCGAAAGGAACAGUAAAACUAGAAGUAUGAAGGGAAGAAUGGCCGACUUAGAAGAAUUUACUCAAUUUGUGCGCGAGCAAGCAGAGUUAGCCACUGACCCAGUGUUCUCAGAGGAAGGUGUAACCAAGCUGUCUCUUGAAGACAAAGACAAACCCACUCGCACGACGUUCGGAAGAAGACCUAAGAGAGUAAAGGGUUCAAGUUUUGCGACGGAUCUGACGGAGAGAAACAAGUACAAGCCGAACGUUUCUUGCGCCCUUUGCGACAAGCAUCAUGAUUUGAAAGACUGUGAACAGUUCUUGAAAAAACCUCUUAGCGAUCGACGUGACUUUAUGAAGGAAAAGAAACUGUGUUAUGGUUGCUUUAGCAACCAACAUGUCGCAAAGAAUUGUAAAGAUAGACUGUCAUGUAAAACGUGCAGCAAGAAGCACCCAACAUCUAUGCAUGAUGAUGACUGGACAAGUAAGACAAAGAACCAAAGCGAAAAGAGCCAACCUAAAGAAACCCCUCGAGUUAGUAACAAACGUGCGGAUGUCUGUAGCGUCACGGAAGCUGGAGAUAUACCCGUGAACCUGAGUGUGCUACCGCUAUGGCUGUCUCAUGAGAACAAUCCAUCAAACAGAGUAAAUGUCUAUGCACUGCUGGACAAUGCCAGCGGUGGAACGUUUGUAAAGGAAGAGCUGGCACAGAAGCUGGGCAUAGAAGGAAGCGAGACUGAACUUCUACUGACAACAAUACAAGGAACGGAAACCGCGUCAUCGAAGGCGAUUAACGGAUUAAUUGUGACUAACCUCACGGAUGAAGACGUAAGCUUAGAAUUACCUAGAACUUUCACUAUGCAGGUCAUUCCAGCAGACCGCAGUGAAAUACCAAGACCUGAUGUAGUAGGCAAGAUCGAUCAUCUAAGAGAAGUGAGCAAGGAGAUUCCACCCUACAUGGAAGAAGUGGAGGUAGGACUCUUAAUUGGUUUGAACUGUCCAAGUACGCUACGACCAAGAGACGUCGUUUACGGAAAGGACCCCGAACCAUAUGCUGUACGCUCACUACUGGGAUGGUACAUCAACGGGCCUAUCAAUUCUUCGAAGUGCAACAGUCUUCACUGUAACAGAAUUCUACUGGACAAGCAGAUGGCAUCUACGACCGCCAAAGGUUACGUUGUGGCACAGAGGACAGUAAAGGAACGGAUAACGCCACAAUCGGUAGAACGAAUGUUUGAGUUGGACUUCUCUGAAAUAGAGAAAGGAACUGCUAUGUCACGCGAAGAUAGGAAGUUUUAUCAAACAGUUGAAGACGGGAUUGUUCAUCUUGAAGACUCGCACUACGAGAUGCCUCUUCCGCUGAAGGAUCGGAACAUUAAGCUACCAAACAACCGCGUACAAGCAGAGAAGCGUUUGGAGAGUCUAAAGAAGCGACUAAAGUCAGAUAACAAGUACUACACGGAUUACUGCAACUUUAUGUCCGAGAUCAUCUUUAAAGGCUACGCUCGCAAAGUCGACACUAAUCUUGAAACCAAAGAUGGAAAAUUCUGGUACCUGCCACACCAUGGUGUGUACCAUGCUCAAAAACCAACGAAGGUGCGUAUCGUGUUUGAUUGUUCGGCUAGAUACGAAGGACAAUCUCUAAACGACAAUCUCCUUCAAGGACCGGAUCUGACCAGCAAGUUAAUUAGCGUCUUGACCAGAUUCCGACAAGAGAGAUUCGCGUUUAUGACGGAUAUCGAGAAGAUGUUCUUCCAAGUGAAGGUGAGAAGAGAAGACCAAAGCUUCCUCAGAUUCCUAUGGUGGCCCGACGGAGACACGGAGAAAGAACCAGAAGAGUACUGUAUGACAGUACACUUAUUCGGUGCGGGAUCGUCACCUGCCUGUGCUAAUUAUGCCCUUAGACGCACGGCAGACGACAACGAGUGUGAGUUCGGUGCUGAAGUUGCCAACACGCUAAGAAAGAACUUCUACGUUGAUGACGUUCUUAAAUCCGCACACACGGAAGACGAAGCUAUUGAACUAGCGAAGAACGUUAAGGAGGUCUGCGCAAGAGGCGGAUUCAAUCUGACCAAGUUCGUCGGUAACACGGAACGCAUCAUUGAUUCGAUCCCGCAAGGAGAUAGAGCUGAAAACGUAAAGAACCUCGCUUUGGGUCAAGACAAGUUGCCCAUUGAGAGGGCAUUAGGAGUCCAUUGGUGCAUCGAGUCUGAUGUUUUUAAAUUCCGAAUUCAGCUGAAGGACAAACCCUGUACACGGAGAGGGAUCCUCUCCACGAUCAGCUCUGUUUACGAUCCCUUGGGUCUCAUCGCGACUGUAGUGAUGGUCGGGAAAAGAAUCUUGCAAGACAUCUGUUAUACUAGUGACUGGGACGAACCAGUUGACGACGCCACAAGAAGCAGAUGGGAGAAAUGGCGGAGUGAGCUUCAUCUAUUCGAGCACCUAGACGUACCAAGGAGCUUCAAGCCAGAAGGAUUUGGGAACAUUGCUUCAUCUCAACUUCAUAAUAUGUCCGAUGCCUCGAUGAACGGAUACGGAUAG